CCGCCCCUCCGGGCGCGCGCGCCUGCCCUCUUCUGCAGACUUCUGGAUUGGCUGCGCAGACCUUCCUCAACACCAGCCCGCAGCGCAUCGACGGUCCAUGGGAGAUUACUAGUCUCACACAGGGUGCAGCGUCCACACCGAGUGAAGUGGAGAAAGGAAGAUGCCCGCCCCUCCCCCCCCACCGCCCCCAGGCCCUCCUCCCACCUUCUCUUCGGCCAACACGGAGAAGCCGAAUCUGAACCGCUCAGAGCAGCAUGGGAGGUCGGCUCUGCUGUCUGACAUCUCCAAAGGGUCCAGAUUAAAGAAGACCGUGACCUGUGACCGCAGUGGACCCUUACUGGACAAACCUAAAGGAGGAGGAGGAGGAGGAGGAGGAGGAGGUGGUGGUGGAGGUGGAGGAGGUGGUGGUGGAGGUGGAGGAGGUGGUGGUGCUGGUUUAGGAGGCCUGUUUGCAGGAGGGAUGCCAAAAUUGAGGUCUGCAGGAAACAGUGGUAAAAAUGACUCGGGGCCCAGCCGAGGACCCGUGCUCCCCCCGGGAGGUCGCUCUGGAGUCUCCACCGGGCCACCUAAACUCCCAGGAGCCCCCGCCGGCGGCCGGAGCAGCGUCCCCGAUCUUCCCAAGGGUCGGCCCAAUCUCUCCUCCAGACAGGACCUCCGGGCGGCCCCCCCUCCUCCCGUGCCCAGCACCCCUCGACCCAACCAGGGCUUCCAGCCCCGCGGGGGGGGGCUGCUUCCGCCGUCGCUCCCCGGAGGACCCAGGCCCUCCUCUGGACCUCCGACUCCGAGCUUUCCACCGGGGAGGCACGGACUUCUCCCACCCGCCCCCGGAGGAGGCUCUUCGGCCGGGACGAGGCCAGGGUUCUCCGCGCCCCCUCCGCCUCUCCCGAACAGCGGCAGACCUUCCUUACCUCCCACUCCUGGAGGGAGGCCCCCACUUCCCGACGACCGGCCCCCCCCGCCGCCGCCGAUGGGAGGGCCUCGCCCGUCUAUGCCCCGCGAUGUGCCCCCUCCCCCUCCGUCUGUCAACUCCAAGCCUUCCUCCUCCUCCUCCCCCUCCUCCUCUCGACCCUCCGUCGGUGGGGGUGCCCCUCCUCUCCCGCCGGGCCGACCGGGCCCCCCACCUAUCCCGCCCUCCCCGGCUGGAGGGGACGACCACAGCACCCCUCGUCUGCCUCAGAGGAACCUGUCACUCACCAGCCAUGGUCCAGCUCCGCCUCACGGUCGGACAGUACCUCUCCCCCCUCCACCGAUCGAGAGACCGCCAUCUCUUGGAAGGAACCAGACGUCCACACGUGGAGGACCUCUUCCUCCCACUCCUCCCUCUGGUCGUUCUGUGGGCGGGGCCAGCGUGAGGUCAUCGCCCUCUCCGUCUCCUAUUGGUCGGCCGGGCCCGGAGCCCCCCCGCGGAGGAGGCCCCGGCGGUAGGCCGCCCCUGCCUCCGGACCGGCCGGGUGUCGGAGGGGCCCCCCCACCUCCACCGCCGCCCAUCGGCAACGGCUUCCAGAACUCUCACCACCACCAGAUACAGGACGAGUGGGAGUGUCGCUUCACGUUCCACCCGGUGUCGGACCUUCCUCCUCCUGAGCCCUACGCGCCCUUCCAGAAGACCUACCCCAGCAAGAUCGGCAAGACGGACAGCAGAGGUUCUGGUAAAAAGGAAAGAGGAGCUCCUCCUCUUCCUCCUAUACCCAGGUGAAGAAGAGGUGGCAGCGAACACGACCCCUGGGACUACUUUCUCUCUCUCCCUCUCUCCCUGUGGCUCGUACAAGGAGAACUUAUCCCGUAUCUUUUGAACUUUCUCUCUCGGUACGAUUCAAAUGUUGGAGAGGUCCAGACCCGCCGCCGGAGUCACCCGCUGUUCAUCGUUCUAUAUUUUUCAUAACUUUUAAGCAAUUUCUGUGUGUGAAAACUCCUCUAAAUUACACUUGAAUUAUGUAUGAGAUUAUUAUUUUUAUUUUAUUUUUUAUUAUAGGCUAAUAUACUUCUAAAUAUAUGUAUUCAAGAAGCGUGAGAAUAUCACCAUUCAUUAAAUCGAACGUUUCCCAUAUGGAUCCGUUUCCUCUUCGUUGCAGCGACAGUUCGACCCCCCCCCCCAAGUUAAAAAAAAAGAAGUGUAUUUUACGUCACGUGCCUCGUAGCAGCAAAGACCAAAAGCCUGUUUAUCCUCCGGUACACUGUGUUCAGGUAGAGAGAAGGAUUAAGAAGUUGGACCUCCUUUUAGGCAUUUAUGCUGGACGAUACUUUACUGACCCGGUUGCUGCCAGACAGUAUCUUCAUGACCUUUAAUCCUCCAUCGACCUCCAUCGGCUCGCUGCAGGUCGAUGGAUUCCAUAUUUCGCUUGCUAGAUAUUAUACUUUACCAACCGGCUCCACCUUUUUUCUUUUUUUUUAAUAUAUACAAUAAUACGAACUCCGACUUGCAGUCUCCCAUCGUGCCAUUUUCUUUUUCUUUUUUAUUAUAUAUAUAUUCAGGAUUGUAUCUUCAGGCUGCUUAAACGAGUUAAGGGAAUUAGCCUUCUGUGCCUUUAAAUUAUAUAUAUAUAUAUAUAUAUAUAUAUAUAUAUAUAUAUAUAUAUAUAUAUAUAUAUGUAUAUGUAUAUGCCACCACACCUAGAAGCUCAGGAGAGCAAAGACAUGCAAACAAAACUGAGAAAAAAAGAAAAGAAAAAAGAAUUAUUUUCCAAAGCCACAUGUGCCUUCACAGUGUGUGUGUGUGUGUGUGUGUGUGUGUGUGUGUGUGUGUGUGUGUGUGUGUGUGUGUGUGUGUGUGUGUGUGUUUGUGUGUUUGUGUGUUUGUGUGUUUGUGUGUGCGUGUGCGUGUGCGUGUGCGUGUGCGUGUGCGUGUUUGUGUGCGUGUUUGUGUGUUCACAUCCGUGUGGGUCCCGGUUGGAACCACCGAGCGGUACUUUUCCAUCCGAUGGUUAAACGUGUUGUUUUGAUGUCGAGGAUCGAGAUGUGUCGGUUUACAGCGGCGGCCAUUGUUGGCUUGCCAUGAAGGACCUGCGUAUGUUUCUGUGUGAGUCAAUCAAGAGGUAUGGAAGGACUGUAUUAUGUUUAAGUUAUGUUUAUGUGCAGUAUUGUGUUUAUUUUUUUUGCUUCGCCCAACACAGCUUUGAAUGGUCUUUUAUAUGCGUGAUGUAUUAUUAUUAUUAUCAUCAAGUGCCGGUAAAAGGAACAUUUUCUUAAAGACAAUCAUACGGAAGUAAACUUAUUUUACAUCAAUAAAUAUAAAUGCUUUAUGCGCUUUUACCUGCAGUGAAAUGUGCAUUUGUUGGGUGGAUGCUUGCAGACCGUCACAAACAAGUGGAUUUAUUACGUAUUAUCACAUAAACAAUAUGCGUCAUUUACAUGUUUGUGCAAUAAAGUCAAGAAGAAACCCGUG